GUCCAGAAUGAUAGCUCGACCCGGUAUCCGAUACUGUUCGGUCCGUCAUCCGAUGCACUAUCGACUCCCCCUCACUCUUGGCAUUCUCGGCACGCUCGAGAUUGGACAUCGCGCUUACCAGAGCCAGUAUUAAACGGCUCUCUUCUCCCUGAUCGACAACUUUCCUUUCUGUCACAGUCAUCUUCAGGACAUCUGUGAAUUUGUACUUCAUCAUGACUGCAAGAGAUUCUGACGCAGAGAGGGGCAAUGGAAAGGAGCCUUGGAGCAAAGAAUUUGAGCAUGCAGAUACCCAUGAUGCUGCUGCGAGAGGACAUCUUGCCACCGACGAGCAUGGAAACCCCAUCGCAACCUUCGACGCAGAGGCUGAGAAGAAGCUCCGCCGCAAGCUAGACUGGUACAUCAUGCCGUCAGUCACUAUCUUGUACUUGAUGUGCUUUGUCGAUCGUGCCAAUAUUGGUAAUGCUAGAUUGGCUGGUCUUGAGGAAGAUCUUGGUCUUGCUGGCUAUGACUACAACCUGUUGCUGACAGUCUUCUACAUCUCUUACAUCGUUUUCGAACUCCCCCUUAACAUGGUCUGCAAAUGGAUCGGACCCGGCUGGUUCAUCCCCGCUACCUCCGUAGCAUUCGGCGUCGCCUCCCUCGGGACCGCCUUUGUUCACACAAUGGGCCAAGCUUGUGCCGUGCGCUUCAUCCUCGGCAUCUUCGAAGCAGGCAUGUUGCCCGGUAUCGCAUACUAUCUCAGCCGCUGGUACAGACGCAGCGAACUUGCCUUCCGCUUGGCAAUAUAUGUUGCCAUGGGUUCCUUUGGCGGAGCUUUCGGCGGUCUUUUGGCUUCUGGUAUUCUGAAGCUAGAUAGCUUUGGCUCAUUGACGAGAUGGCGAAUGAUCUUUGCUAUUGAGGGUAUUUGUACUAUUGGCCUGGCGCUUAUCGCGUUCUUUACUAUGACUGAUCGACCGAGCACUGCGCGGUGGUUGUCAGAAGAGGAGAAAGAUCUGGCCAUUGCGCGUAUCAAGUCUGAGCGUGUUGGUGCCACCGAAGUCCUUGAGAAGUUCUCCUGGAAACUGGCACGUCGGGGUAUCAGCUCACCUGUUACCAUCGGAACUUCCACCAUCUUCCUGUUCACCAACAUCACCGUACAGGGCCUUGCUUUCUUCGCACCUACGAUUGUGAGGACAAUCUACCCCAACCAUUCAGUCGUUCAACAGCAAUUGCGUACUGUGCCGCCUUAUAUCGUCGGUACCUUCUGUACUGUUACCAUCAGCUUCCUGUCGACUCGCAUUGAUAAGCGAAAUAUUUUUAUCAACUUGUCACAGCUUCCAGUCAUCGCGGGAUACAUCAUGUUCCUCAGUACCACGAACCCUUAUGUCCGCUACGCUGGCACGUUCCUCAUCUGCGCAGGCACCUUCGCCAACGGCGCUCUAUCCAAUGCUCAAGUAUCAGCCAACUUGGUCAGCGACACAGCACGCGCUUCAGGAAUUGGCUUGAACGUCAUGCUUGGUAACAUUGGAGGAUUGAUCUCGACAUGGUGCUUUUUGCCCUUCGAUGGACCAAAUUAUCCAAUCGGAAAUGGUCUCAAUCUUGGCGCGUGCUCGUCUAUCUUUCUUCUCACUAUUGUGCUGCAAGUAUACAUGACUUGGGAUAACAGAAGGAGAGCUGCGAUUGAGGUCGGUCAGGCUCUGGCUGGGAAGACUGAUGCAGAGAUUCGUGUUAUGGAUUGGAAGCACCCUGGAUUUAUGUGGAGGCCUUAGAAUAGCUGUAUAGCUACUUGGAAUGGGAUCUUUUCCAACGUAAACGUUUUCUCUCCUCCUUUAUCACAAAUAAGACAUCUUCUUCAUUGAUCUGGAUAUGAG